AUAAUUUCUUGUAUACUCAACCUCAUUCAAUCAAACCACUAACAGUCAAAUAUUAUCGUAUGUUAUGUAUUAUUAGCCCACCACUUUUCGUCUCUACAAAUGAUGAAUAACAAUAACAGGAUUGAAUUAUUGAUCUAUUUAGCAAGUGGGAACGAGAAGCAAGCAUGCAUACAGAGGAAGCAGGUCACAGAAGCAAGCAGCAAUGUUGGGUUUAAAAUCAGUAACAGUGAUCAUGGUGAUGGUGGAGUUUUUGGAUGUGGGGUUGAACAAUUUGAGCAAAGCAGCUAUGAACAAAGGGAUGAGUGAUUUUGUCUUUGUUGUCUAUGCGAAUGCCCUCGCCUUCUUUGUCUUGCUUCCAUCUUCCUUCUUCUACAGGAGAAGAACUUAUCCACCUCUCUCAUGGUCCUUCAUCUGUAAACUGUUCCUUGUUAGCUGUAUGAGCUCUGGUGCGCAGCUGCUAAAGUUUAUUGGGAUAAACUAUAGCUCUCCAACUAUGGCCUCUGCAAUGAUUGAUCUCAUGCCAGCUUUUACCUUCAUUCUUGCUGUCAUCACUGGGAUGGAAAUUCUGGAUUUGAGAAUUACCAGUAGACAGGCCAAGUGCAUAGGCACAGUGGUCUCAAUCACAGGGGCACUCAUGCUGACCUUAUAUAAAGGCCUACCACUCAUAAGGGCUGAUGCAUCACAUAAUAAAUUAAUCAAUCUGCAGCUUCUUUUAUCCUCUCAAACGAACUGGUUCAUUGGAGGCAUUGUGCUUGCAUUUCAAAGCUUUUUGCUAGCAAUGACGCAUAUUGCAGAGACAUGGGUUAUUAGGGACGACCCUGCAGUGUUAAUGGUAACAACAAUUCGCAGCAUCUUUGUCACCAUCCAAUCUGUUGCAAUUUCUCAGAUUGCUGUCAAAGGACUAAAUGCAUGGAAACUAAAGCCUGAUAUUGAGUUCAUGGCUAUUGGGUAUAAUGUGAGGGAAGAUCUGUUUCAACAUUAUUGGCUUAAUUUUCUUUCGAUUUUCAACCAAAACUUUAUGUUCUGCUUAAUUGAUUACUAG